AUGUUUGUGCCUGGCUUGUGCAGCAAACUGCUCCUCUGUGCUGGCCUGGCUAGUGUCUUGGGUCAGGACUCGGGAGACAUGCCCUUCAGUGAGACAUUGGACUCGGCAGGCAGUGUGUCCCUGUGCUGGGGCUUCGAUAGCAAGCAGGAGACCAUCACCUUCCAGCUGGCCUGCAAGACCAGCGGCUGGGUGGGAUUCGGCCUCAGCCCCAGCCGGAAAAUGGACCGAGCGGAUAUCGUCCUCGGGGGGGGGGGGGGUGAAUCCCAACGGGACCACCUACUUCACGAGGUUUGCUCUCCCCAUGUUCUCUCCAACUCAGCGUGUGGUUGGUUGACUUUACAGGACAGACACGCAGUUGGUGCCCAACUCCCCCAGGUGGAUGGCAGCCAGGAUUACAUCCUCCUCUCCCUGAAAGAAGACUCUACCUGAACCACAAUGAAAUUCUCCUGCAAAGUCCAGACCUGCAAUUAAGAUGACAUGGAGAUUUCAACAAGUGCAAUGAAGCUGAUUUACGUGUAUGGAGCAGAUGACAGCAUUGUCUACCAUAACAACGCCAGAGGAACGAAGAGCGUGAACCUGCUGAAGAGCACUCAGAGCUCCAUGCCCUCCCAGGACACCGUGGGGCAGCUUGAGAUGACAGUC